AUGGUCAAGUUCCUCAAGGCCAACAAGGUGGUCAUUUUGCUUUCGGGGAGGUACUCCGGGAAGAAGGCAGUCAUUGUCAAAACGUAUGACGACGGCACCUCCGGGAGGAUGUACGGACACGCGCUCGUGUGCGGGCUGGCCAAGGAGCCCAGGAGGAUAAGAAGAAAGGAUAGCAAGAAGAAGAAGGACAGGAAGACUAAAAUCAAGACGUUCAUCAAGCUGGUGAACUACAACCACAUGAUGCCAACUCGGUACGCCCUGGAUGUCGACCUGAAGAAUGUUGUCACUUCCGAUGCCAUUGAGAACUCAACAAAGAAGGCUGAAGCUCGCAAGGCUGCCAAGGAUCUGCUGGAGGACAAGUUCAAGACAGGCAAGAAUCGGUGGUUCUUCUCAAAGCUGUACUUCUGA